AUGCUUGGCUAUGAUGCCGUAAUAAAUCCAUCCAAUUAUGGUUUAGAAGACUCGAGUAAUCCAUGCUGCAUUACAUGGGCUAAUGGGACAUCAGCCUGCAUUCCAGGACUGCCGGCAUGCCAGGACCCGGAAAAACACUAUUUCUGGGAUGGCUAUCAUUUGACAGAAACAGUAUAUAAGGUCAUUGGCACUCGGUGUAUCAAUGCGAAUUCGGAUUCUCCUGCUGCUCCUGCAUUGUACGUUUUUGGAGAUUCUUUAUUCGAUAGUGGGAAUAAUAAUCUUUUACUAACUCUAGCCAAGGCGAACUAUCCACCCUACGGUGUGAAUUUUGACGGAGGAGCCACCGGAAGAUUUACGGACGGGAAAACUAUCCCUGAUUUAAUUGCUGAAUUUCUUGGAUUGCCAUAUUCGCUGCCAUACUUUAGUUUAAGAGGAUCACCGGAGUUGACAGGAUUGAAUUAUGCAUCUGCUGCCUGUGGCAUUCUUCCUGAGACUGGAAAAUCUAGUGGAAUAUGCUUAAAUUUCGAUGAACAAAUCAACUUGUUUAACCUUACCGUCGAAUUGGAAUUGUCCAAGCACUACAAAACCUCGUCCGAAGUUUCAGAUUAUUUGUCAAAAUCAUUGUUUGUUAUUACUAUUGGCAGCAAUGACUACCUUAGCUAUGCUGGACGACAGUUAUUAAAUGCAAAGCAACGUUACGAUCCUCAAUCUUUUGCCAAACUUCUUGUAGACAACUUAUCCCUACAGUUUCAGAGACUAUACAAAAUAGGAGCAAGAAAGAUAAUAAUGUUUGAAAUUGGACCCAUUGGGUGCAUCCCAUCAGUUACAAGGCAAUUUAAACACAGUGGAAAAUGCGUGGAGAAGAUUAACCAGCUUGCAGUAAUCUUUAACAGCCAGCUAGCCACCUUGCUUAAGAGUUUGACAUCAACCCUGCAAGGCUCAGAAUUUAUACUUGGUCAGGCUCAUUGGCUUGGUUAUGAUGCCAUCGUAAAUCCCUCUAAUUAUGGUUUAGAAGACUCGAGUAAUCCAUGCUGCAUUACAUGGGCUAAUGGGACAUCAGCCUGCAUUCCAAUACUGCCAGCAUGCCAGGACCCAGACAAACACUUCUUCUGGGAUGGCUAUCAUCUAACACAAGCUGUGUAUAAGGUCAUUGGCAGUCGGUGUAUCAAUGGUACUGUUUGUGUUCCUAAAAACAUAAAAGACCUCGUACAGAUUUAA